AUGCUUUCCUCUCUUUUCCUCAAGGCCCGUGGAUAUGAGACUGUUAUCAGGUCAACCCAUGUUUCUCAGAAUAAGCGGGUUUACUUGGAGGGAACUGUAUUUCCACUCGAUGCCUUUACCUUUUCCCCUCGACUUUCCUAUACCCCCCUGGAUGGGACUCAUAUCGAACUUCCUCCAUUAUGCUAUACUGUACUCAAUGGCUCAUUUGAAGAUCUUCGUGAUCUCCUGGCCGAUUCCAAAAGGACCGAACAGUUUCAGCGCGACAUAGACUACGCUCUGUUUUUCGCCAAUCUUUCUGAAGAUACACUCAAGGCUUUUGUACUUCUUGAGUCUGGAGCAAACCCUGGACGACCACUCUCAUCAAAUGGGCUACAUGGUGCAGCAAGCCGGGGACAACUGAAUGAGAUAUGCAAAUAUGCCUUGAACCCUAAUAUUUCAAUGGAUGUUCAAGAUGAAACAUUUGCAACACCAGUCAUCUACGCCAUGGAUCUCAAUUCUCCACGUGAUUGGGAUACCAUCGAGUAUCUCUUCAUACAAGGAGCAAGUCCUCAGGCUAAAGUCAGCAACUACACGUAUGCCCAGAUUGCAAGACAGAAAGGGAAAGAUGACUUAGCGCAGAAAAUCGAGGCGUAUAAAGGUUGGGUUGGACCAUUAUACAAGAAGUCUGUUAUUCGUGUAAAACAGCACAAACGCUCAGGCCUGGUCUGGGUUAAAGUUCUCUACGAAUGUCCAAGAUUUCCAAAUGAAGGCUGGAACUAUACAUCAUAUGAGCUCUUCUCGGAACUGGGUGACGAGCUCCUUGUGAAGGAGGCAAAGAGGAUGUGGGAAGAGAACCGCUCUAGGGGAAGGCUUAGAAGAAGCAUGAGAAAGGGGUUAUAG